AUGGCUGAACCAAAUAAACGUCCCAGACAGGAGGAAGGGGCUGAUGAGUCCACUAUUCAAAAACAAAUAGUCACUGAUUCUACCGAAAGUGACGUCGUAGAAACUUUCAAAGAAUUGAAUUUAUCUCAACCAACUUUAAAAGCUAUUGACAAAAUGGGAUUCACAAAGAUGACUCCAGUUCAGGCAAGAACUAUACCUCCUUUAAUGGCGGGUAGAGACGUUCUAGGUGCUGCCAAAACUGGGUCUGGUAAGACUUUGGCUUUCUUAUUACCUGCUAUUGAAAUGUUACAUUCUCUGAAAUUCAAACCUAGAAAUGGUACAGGUGUGAUCGUUAUUACUCCAACUAGAGAACUAGCGUUACAAAUUUUCGGUGUUGUUAGAGAAUUAAUGGAGUUCCAUUCUCAGACUUUUGGUAUUGUUAUCGGUGGUGCUAAUAGAAGACAAGAAGCUGAAAAAUUAAUGAAAGGUGUUAAUAUCUUAAUUGCUACUCCAGGUAGAUUGUUAGAUCAUUUACAAAACACUAAAGGUUUUGUUUUCAAAAAUUUAAAGGCUUUAGUCAUUGACGAAGCUGAUAGAAUUUUAGAAAUUGGUUUUGAAGAUGAAAUGAGACAAAUUAUCAAGAUUUUACCAAAUGAAGACAGACAAUCAAUGUUAUUUUCCGCUACACAAACUACAAAGGUUGAAGAUUUAGCAAGAAUCUCGCUAAGAAAAGGUCCACUUUUCAUCAAUGUUGUUUCAGAAAAGGACUCUUCCACUGCAGAUGGGUUAGAACAAGGUUAUGUCGUGUGCGAAAGUGAUAAGAGGUUCUUACUAUUAUUCUCAUUUUUAAAGAGAAAUCAAAAGAAGAAAAUUAUCGUAUUCUUAUCAUCAUGUAAUUCUGUCAAAUAUCAUGCGGAAUUAUUAAACUAUAUUGAUUUACCUGUUCUUGAGUUACAUGGUAAGCAAAAGCAACAAAAGAGAACAAACACUUUCUUCGAAUUUUGUAAUGCAGAAAGAGGUAUACUGGUUUGUACAGAUGUUGCUGCCAGAGGUUUAGAUAUUCCAGCAGUCGACUGGAUCAUCCAAUUCGAUCCACCUGAUGAUCCAAGAGAUUAUAUUCAUAGAGUCGGUAGAACUGCCAGAGGUACUAAGGGUAAGGGUAAAUCUUUGAUGUUUUUAGCUCCAAGUGAAUUGGGUUUCUUAAGAUAUUUGAAAGCAGCUAAAGUUCCAUUAAACGAAUACGAAUUCCCUACCAACAAAAUCGCUAACGUUCAGUCACAACUUGAAAAAUUAAUCAAAUCAAACUACUAUCUACAUCAAAUCGCCAAAGAUGGUUACAGAUCAUAUUUACAAGCGUAUGCUUCCCAUUCUCUCAAAACCGUGUACCAAAUUGAUAAAUUAGACUUGGUUAAAGUUGCUAGAUCAUUUGGCUUUCCAAUUCCACCAAAAGUUAACAUCACAAUCGGUGCGAGUGGUAAAACGCCUUCUUCUAAGAAACGUAAGACAAGGUAA